CAUGAUCAUUGGCCGGUCGUCAUCUCCAUUCCAAAAAAAAAAAAAAUAUAACAAAUUCUUGAGUUUCGGGAUUUUCCAUUUGUUGUUGUUAUUGUAAUUUUACAUACAUAUAUUUUUGUUCGCCCCCUUUUCACAACCUGCAAUUGUUGGUAAUAAUUAUGGCCAUCUCCAUGACUUCUGCUGCUGCGUGGCAUGCAACAAGUCGCCUCAAGCGUACCCCAAGAAUAACCGUUACAAAUAUGGAUCGCAAUUAUAAUGGAACAAUGGCAGCUGCCGUAGCAGCACCAACAGCAACAAGUGUCGGAGGCGGGGGAGUGGUUAAAGCAGUUACCAGUGCAGUGCAACCCAAAUCUCCUGACAGCCUGACAGCUCUAAUGGCCAAAAAGAGUAUAACAUCCAUGUCCGAUGAGGAGAUCAUACAGGAGAAUCUUAAGGAAAUCCUCGAUUUGAAGUCACGGGAGGAGCGGAAGGCUAACGGACGUCUGGUGGCCGUCAUAGUGGCGUCUCUUGUGAUCUUUCUGGCCAUUUAUCACGCCUGGAUACAAAAUUUGGGAGCCAUGGCCGGGGUUUUAGUGCCAGCUGGAAUUAUGCUCUCGUAUGGUCUUUGGGUUGUUGUUCUGGCCAAGAGGGAUAAGCAUAAACGAGCCAUGUUUGAACGGCACAUUGAGGAGGUGGCUUUGAAAAACAAAUGCGAACUGGAGGACAAACAUUCACGUCUGAGACAUUCAUCCCCGGAGGCAGAUGCAAGUGCGUCCAGUAGUUUACACUAUGUCAAUGAACUGUUGCCAAUGCCAAAGAAACAGAAGCAUAGACGUCACAGGCAGCGCCAGAGGCAAAGAGAUUUAGCCGGAACAGGCCAUGGCCACGGAAACGGAACCGGAACGGAUGCUUCCUCGUCAGAGGUCACUGUACAUCGGAGCGGUAAAAACGGAGCCAAAAGGCCAAGUUUCAGGCAAAAGCUAUUCGGACAAACCAUCGCCCAUGUGAAACUAGUUGAGAUGCAGGGCGAUAGCAUUGAUUCGAAUUCUACAACGGAUACAAAUUUGGAUCCGGCAGAGAAGCGAAAACGAUUGCAGCGUAUGGACACAAUGCUGCCCAUGCCGCAGGUGGUGCGUAUGAGUUCAGCGCCGUAGAACGAUUACCUACGAGAGGUGUGGAGCAGGGGUCGCGGGGGACAUGGCCUUGCUAUUGUAUCGAGAGAGUAAAUAAAUGUAUUGUAAAAAAUAUAAACAGGAAGUACGAUUUUAUAAAUAGACAAGAAAAAGAAAUAAAGAAACA